AGUGUGCUCAGCUCGCUGGGGGAGCCGUGCUGUGCCGAGAAGUUUGUCGAGGGCGAAUAUUGGUCCGAGAAAGUUCUCUUCGACUUGAAGGGGGCAUUUUCGGGGGCGAUUUGUAGCUGGUGUUCCCACUCUGACCGUUCGUUUGUUAGGGCGUCAUGUGGUUGUCGGAGGAGGUGCUGAGGGUGUUGGCGGUGUUGUUAUCGUUGUGUAUUUCGGAGCGAUAUGAGGUCGCCGGCGCUUUCACACAGUCUCUGGACAGCGACUUCACUUUCACCCUCCCCGCUGGCCGAAAGGAGUGUUUCUACCAAACCAUGAAAAAAGACGCCUCAUUGGAAAUUGAAUAUCAGGUUCUGGAUGGGGCCGGCCUGGAUGUGGAUUUCUACCUGUCCUCUCCCAGCGGUCAUGUGGUAGCCUCGGACUUCAGGAAGUCUGAUGGUGUUCACACAGUGGAGACCGAGGAGGGAGACUACAUGUUCUGCUUCGACAACACAUUCAGCACCGUAUCUGAGAAGAUCAUCUUCUUCGAGCUGAUUCUGGACAACAUGGAUGACGGAGAAGAUCCUGAGGACUGGAAACAAUACGUACAAGGACCUGACCUACUGGACAUGAAAUUGGAGGACAUCAUGGACACCAUAAACAGUGUGAAGGCUCGCUUGGGGAAGAGUCUUCAGAUUCAGACGGUGCUGAGGGCCUUUGAGGCGCGUGACCGCAACCUACAGGAAAGCAACUAUGAACGGGUCAACAUCUGGUCUUGCACCAACAUGGUGGUGAUGGUGGUGGUGUCCUGCAUCCAGGUCUACCUGCUGCGCAGCCUCUUUGACGACAAGAGGAAAACACGCACGUAGCCCCCACACUACUCCCCUGCUAACUCUGGGAGAAAAAAAAGAUCCCCUCAUCCGGGACUGAAGAUGGACACACAUUUUCUCUCUUUUCUCUCUCAGUAGAGCCUUUGCAUCCCUCCCCCCGCCUUACUUUUUCAACACUUGUCUACUUUUACCCCAAUGAAGACAAUCCAUUUCUACGUUAGCUGAGCCGAGGACACUUUAGGACUUUUCCCUAGCCAAUGAAAUAAGAGAUAGAGGUCUCAAAGCUGCUAUGUGUGAUGGAGAUUUCACAUGAAGCAGGAUCACUGAGGGUCCUUUUUUAACACGAGCAAAGAAUCAAUAGACUGAUACUGAUAUUUUUGCAGUUUCUUAUAAUGCAGUUUUUAUAAUUGUUUCUUUACCCCAUUAAGUAAACUAACUGUAAAAUAUUUUGGGCACUGACACACAACGACACUGGCUUACAAAUUCUUUUCUGAACAGCAAGAUUAACAUGGUGAAUGUGAAGUAAAGUGUGGAGAAAAUGUUGAAUGUUGGGGAAAAUAAUGUCUGUUGGACAGUUUGGACAUUUUCUUCGUUGUUUUUUUUUCCUGGUGGUGAAACAUCCUGCUUUUGUCCUUCAAAAACACUAGCAAAGCUAAACUGUGUAAAAUAAGCUCUCUCAACCUGGUGUGAGUCCCCUGUGCCAGCUCCUUUGCCAUGCAUUAAGCUAUGUUGCCUGUGUACUGUCCUGCAACCUUUAACAUAUGUGCUGUUAGUGUGUAUCACUUGUCAGAGGGAUAGUUUAUUGAGCCACAUAGGGAUACGUGCUGCUUUAAGUUUGAGCCCCUGCCUCCAGACAAAGGUUUACCACAUGGCACAAGGUCUGACCUGAUGCCAGAUGACAACACUUCUUAGAAAACGCCCACUGUGCCAGCUGCUCUGAGUGGGGACGUGCUAGGAGGACUGCACAGAGGGCUGCUUUUGGCCCAGGCUCAGCGUGGAGUAAAGGGAAAAGGUGUUCGCCUCUUAUAAAUCACCACAGGCUGGAGCGCCAGUAUGCUUGACCUACAAGCAGUUCCUCUAGCCUCGCUGACAGCAGCUCCAAUUACAGUCGCCUGGCAGCCAGCAGAGCAGAGGGAGUGAGCCAGGUGUUCAGUGUUUUGAAGUGAUUAAUGAGAGCUUUCUUCACCCUUUGUAUUUCAGUUUCGGCAUGUGUGUGAUAGUUAAGGGCAGCGUUGCUUCCUAAAGGACAUGCAGACUAUGGAUAGGAACUGUGUGAGAACCUGGCAUAUCUCUCAUGUGAGAUACUGCUCUUUGGUUGGUCAGACCCCACCUAGAGGAGGCUUUGCAAAUGUGAAGUAGCCUCAUGUAUUUAGCCAGUCUGCCUAGUGAUAGGCUCUUUGGUUAUAGACUGUUUCUCAGAUCAAAAUCUCUACCAAACAUUAAUAGAAAGACUGGAGGGGUGAGAAGUUUGGUUACCACACAUUUUACCUUAACGUCCUAAGGGCUGGCUUCUCUCAGUGGUUGAGAUUUGAUACUCAAAUAUAUUAAACAAGCAAAUAGAUGUCAAAUCCUACUCAACAGAUAAACUUGCAUAAGAUUUUACUGUGAUUUCUCACAUAUUGCACGGUUCUUACAUGGCCAGCUUCUUAAAAAAGCAGUCGUCUGAUGGAAAGGUGUAUUGCAGGGGUGUCCAAUCUUGUCCCUAAGGGGCUACUGUGGCUGCAGCUCCUCAUUCCAAACAAGCAGGAAGGAGCACAGCUGGUUCUACUUGUUUACUGUUGCAUCAGUCUUCAACAACUAGUCUUGAGCUCCUGUUUUAUUGGAACGAAAACCCGCAUCCACACCAGACGUUUGCAGAUAAGACUGGACGCCCCCGUUUUUUUUGGAUCUGUCACAUCUGCAGCCUUAUAUCGCCCCCUCCUGGAGGUCUGGAGGAAGAGCUUCCUAAACACUACAAAGCUUUGAAAUGUUAUAGUGGCUGAUGUUCAUUCACCAGCAGUGUUCUAUAUGACUAUGCCUGAGAAAAGCACUGACAAAAAAGCAUAUGUGCCAUUCAUAUGUGGAAGUUUCACAUUCUGAACUUGUGCCAAUAACACUUGAUUACUGUGGAAUCAGACCGUGUUCAGUUCUACUUGUUUGUAUCCAAUCAUACAUACUGAAACCUUUAAAGUUUUAUUUAUACAAA